CUUUUGAGUUAGCGCGUGCCAGGAGAGAGGGAGAGAGAGGCUGAAAGAUACCUACCUAGUGGAGAUGUAAGUCGCUGCUGAAGAUUCGCAACAACAAGCAAGUGCUUUAGCGCACCUCCCCCUCCCACUGCGCUCGCACAGAAAACAUAAAAAUAAUGUGAGAUACACAGUGAUGUGAAUAUCUGUGUGCUGUUGGAAACAGAGCUCUGAGAUUGCUUAAAACAGAAAGAAUAGCGGAAACUAGAAUUCCUCGCGUGCUUGCAGGACCCGGACGCAUAAGCGAUCACACGGGAUUUCUUCAAACAGCGCUGUAUUCAUGGAAUUCCCAGAUGAUUCCACCGGCUUUGCUGACCCCAGACACUUCCAUCUUUACAACGAGUCCUUGUUCCAGAACGGGACUGACAACUUCUUCCCAAGGGGUGUCAAGAUCACUAUAGCAGUGGUCUACAUGAUCGUCUGUGUGGUGGGGCUGGUGGGAAACUGCUUGGUCAUGUAUGUCAUCAUCAGAUACACCAAGAUGAAGACGGCAACCAACAUCUAUAUCUUUAACCUGGCACUGGCUGAUGCACUGGUUCUGGCUACGCUUCCCUUCCAGGGCACGGAUGUGUUCCUUGGUUUCUGGCCUUUUGGCAAUGCCCUGUGUAAGGCAGUCGUCUCCAUCGACUACUAUAACAUGUUCACCAGUGUGUUCACCUUGACCGUGAUGAGCAUGGAUCGAUACGUGGCCGUGUGCCACCCGGUGAAAGCCCUGGACAUGCGGACGCCCCACAAGGCCAAGGUGGUCAAUAUCUGCGUGUGGGUCUUGGCUUCAGCCAUAGGGGUCCCGGCUAUGGUACUUGGAGAUGUGGAAAAUGACACCGGCAUUGAGUGCAUCUUGGUUCUCCCGGAUCCUCGCAGUUAUUGGGACCCAGUGUUCGGGACGUGUGUUUUCCUGCUCUCCUUUCUCAUUCCUGUGGCGAUCAUCAGUGUGUGCUACAGCCUCAUGGUGAAGCGCCUCCGCAGUGUCCGAAUCCUAUCAGGGUCCAAGGAGAAAGAUCGCAACCUUCGGCGCAUCACACGCAUGGUUCUGGUGGUAGUCGCGGUCUUCGUUGUGUGUUGGACGCCCAUCCAAAUCAUGGCUUUGGCACAGUCGCUGGGCUUCAACCUGGGCAGCGUCCAGACGGUGGUGUUCAUGCACUUCUGCAUCGCCCUGGGUUAUGUCAACAGCAGCCUGAACCCCGUCCUCUACGCGUUCCUUGACGAAAACUUCAAGCGCUGCUUCCGUGAGUUCUGCCACCCUUCACCGUUUGGCCUUAAUGCGCAGCAGUCGGGCCGCAUGCGCAACAUUGCACGCGAGGUGGCCUACAACUGCAAGACUGUGGACGGGAACAGUAACCCCGCAUGACUAGGCGUGGAGCUGCCCCUGGUCAGCCCUGAGCCUCAACCCAAUCCAGGGACAGGAAGCUCAAACUCUGAGUUGACUCAGAUUACAACACUCUAGCACCACAGUAACCUCCGCCAGGUGGGCGGGGGAAAGGGUUGGGCUAGGAGUGAGGGCGGAGUCAAGCUAAAUGACACGCCCUUUUAGGGACAAAGGGGCUCACUUUACAGUGUCUUAAUUGGAUUUGGACGUUAUUGUCUACAAUUUUGUUCUUAACUGAGAAUUAUUACACUUUGUCAUUUAGUGUUGCAACCUUGUGCAGAUGCUUUUCAUGUCUCUCUUUACAACAAUCAAUGUUUCUCUUGAAAUUUAAGACUGUAGAAUUUCAUGGCCUUAAACAUACAUCUGAACCUAUGGAUUACGUGUAUCAGUCCCUUUUGUGGUAUUGCCAAGUGUUGGACUUUACUAAAUAUUAUAUAACUAUAUACAGUUAUGACACUGAAUCUGAAACUACAAAGACUUUUAAAGCCUGAUUGUUAUAAAAAAAAAAAAAAAAUAGUUGAUAUUUUUCCUGGUUUGACUGUACAAUAAGCAAAAAUAUUUUAUAUUCAUGUAUGUUUGGUAGCACAGAUUGAACUUUAAAAAUACUUGUAAAGAAAUGAAUACAUAUCGCAAAACAGUUACUGUAGUGUUCUAUAAUAUAUGUGCAUAAAAUGAAGUUAAUCGAAGUCAGUCAGUCAGUAUCACCUUGAAUAUUUUUUGAAUGUUUUCUGCUUCGCUCUGUAUCUUGCUUUGUUACUACAUAACGUGUUCUUCUCAAUGAGACAGACAACAAAGAGCCAGCACUGUCAUGGGUUUACAUCACAGACCACUGAAUGUGAAAAAGACUAUUUACUCCAAAUAUAUAU